UAAGCGAAGAUAAUGGAACACGUUCGAAUUCACGACCGACCGAAGACAAUAUCGUGGAUGAAGAAGAGACUAUCUACAUGAACAAUGCUCUAGAUCACCAAUGAUAUUGACAUGGCAACUCCUAUAUCUGUACAAAAUUUCAGAGCUAUCGUGGAGACAAAAGAAGUUGAUGGGCGGCUGAAUACGGAAUACCAGACUUUACCACAUGGUGCUGUACAUCCUCAUGAAGAAGGAAAGAAAGAAUUCAACGUUCCCAAAAAUAGAUUCAUAUCGACAUUUCCAUAUGACCACUCCAGAGUAAUAUUGACAGACCGGCAGUCAGAUCCUGGAUCGGAUUACAUCAACGCAAACUAUAUUGACGGUGUAUCCAGACCAAAGGCCUACAUUGCAUUACAAGGUCCUAAGAAGAAGACUGUCGAAGCAUUCUGGACGAUGAUUUGGCAGCAAAAAUGUCACACUAUAGUUAUGCUUACUAACCUGUAUGAAAAUGGACGGAACAAGUGCCACCAAUACUGGCCCGAUGUGGAUGACCCCCUGAAACUGGGGGCAUUUUCCGUCCACCUGAAUACCGAGAAAGAGUACGCCUUUUACGUCAAAAGAGUUAUGGUGCUGAAACAUCGAAAAAAAAACCAAGAACGACUUGUUUGUCAGUUUCACUACACAAAGUGGCCUGACCACGGCAUCCCAGAUGUGUUUGAGCUCGUCAUGUUCCAUCGACAUAUACAACGCUCACGAAUACCGGAAGAUGGACCACUGGCUGUCCAUUGCAGUGCCGGAAUAGGCCGAACAGGGACUCUGAUUGCACUGGACUCCCUAUUAGAGGCAGGAAAGAAAAAUGAAUCCAUAGACGUCCAUGGAUAUGUGUUGACAAUGAGGAAAGAUAGAAUGAACAUGGUCCAGACUGUGGAUCAGUACAGAGUGAUCCAUUUAGCGCUCAUAGAAGGAUUUACCUUCCCUGACAAUAUUCAAACAAAGGAAGAUUUGAUCAGCUACGAAGAACCCGGCAUAUAUGUUGUUCCUGCAAACCAGACACAGCGAAACAAAGAAUACCAGACUCUUCAAGACAUAAAUACAACCAGUGCGAAACGUUUAAAAUAUGAAACAGCAAAAUCUGCUGAUAACAGAGCAAAGAACCGUGACAUGGAAAUUUUACCAGCCGACAAUUACAAGGCUCCUUUAUUCUCGGAGAUGCCUACGGGAAACUAUAUCAACGCUGUCAAAGUUCCGGGUUUCCGAAACCACCUCAAGUACCUCGUGACACAAUUUCCUCUUAGAGAUACAAUCAUGGAUUUCUGGACUCUGGUGACUGAUUUUUCCGCUAAAACCAUCGUGUGUUUAGAAGAAUUUGGAAGCGAAAAGGAAAUUCAGUGGUGGCCUGAGAAAUCAAUGGUAAAGUACGCCGGAACAUUUGAGGUACGGACUGUAUCGGCGGAUACGUGUACAGACGAUAUCAACGCAUCCUUGCUGAAUAUAAAAGACAAGAAAAAUGACAACACACAUUAUGUAAAGCUGUUCCAAGUGAGAAAUUGGGCAAAGGAUGCAUCCAUUCCUACUUCUGAGAGUGUUUUGUGUAAACUUCAUUAUCUGGUUGAAGCAUGGUUGAUGUCGAAAGAAGAGGGUCCAGUGGUUGUCACGUGUCUGGACGGUGCAAAUCAUUCUGGUCUAUACUGCCUGAUCAGUACAAUGCUAGAGAGACUGGAUUCGGAAGCAGAUGUCGACAUGUAUGCUACGACGAGGCAGCUACAGAUAAGGCGCCCACAGUUCAUAGCGACACUGGACCAGUACAGAUACGCCUGGACCGCAUUAAAAGCAUAUAUCCAAACCACAGGCAACGAUGAGUGUGCAGAGGAAGCAGUUUAUCAGAAUACCAGCUGAUAUGCCAGACCUGUUCUUCCGAAAAUUCUCAACAGGAGAAAAUAGUGAUUGUAUUGUGGCCAAUCGAAAACUGGAACGACGUUGUUUGGUAUAUAUAACGUGAUACAACGUUUAGCGAAUAAACUUAUAGAUCAGUAUUACUUUGGCAGAGUUCGGAGUUCCAGGGGAAAUCCCAUAUUGUAGGAGAGGUGACCCACACAUUGUUCAUAUUCGAUCAGCUUUUUGAAAUCGCUGCAACACCAAACAAUUGAACAGAUUAUACCAACGCACAAUUGGUGGACAAUACGAAAUCACAGGCCCAAACACUUAUUUGUUUCUUUCCCUGUCCAUUGUUUUAACCAAUGGUAUUUCUGUAUAUGAUCAUUGCUCAAACAAAGACAUCUUCAUCCAAUAUGUCUGAUCAAGUUUUAUUUCGGACUACGGAACUCCCGCUCUAUGGUAUUCAGUAUACAACAUGUUUUCCUGUUGUAUACCAUGUGUAUUUACAAUGAAGUUAGAAAAGAGUUUUGGACCCACUUGAAGUAGUAACAGUUUCUUUGCUCGUUGUGUAGAAAAGGAAAGAUGAAAUACCGCAAUGCAUGUGUAGGCAACCUUAAGCCUAUCUGAAAUGCCACAACGCCUGAUUCAGUUGAACUUAUGAAAAUUGGAGCAAAUUAUCUUUGUGUUUACAAAACAUUCCUGAUGAUUGAGUUGCGAUGUGUUUUUCAUAUUAUGCAAAAAUUGUUAAAAUUUGAACAUCUUAUUUUAAAAAAAUGUUCACGUAUUUCAUUACGGAGCAAACACAGGAUCAAUUAGGAAGCGAUAUCGUUUCAAAUAUUUCAUUGCGAUGAUUUAGCGUGUUAAUUUACUUUUGUAUUUUUUGACUUUGAUAUCUAUAACUUAUUUGUUACUUUUGUGACUUUCGUUACUUUUACGCAGAUCAUAUCAUCUAUUGAAGUAACGGAACAUUUAUCUAGAUGUUAAGCAUUUUGAUUCCAUUUUCUGAUUCCACUUUUUAAAGGAUGUUGUAGCCGUUUGAAAACACUUUCAAUGUGUACUUUUUUCAUUCAUAACAUAAUCAUCAAACUGUCAUUAUUAAUCAUAAUCUCACUUGAUAACCAUUGGAUGAAUUAUUAACGUACUAAUUACAAUCUAAUCCGAUCUCAAGUAUGAAAUGUUUUAGCAAUAUCAAAUCUUAUCGAAAUAUAAUUUUGUAUGUUUUUUUUAUUUAUAUGUUAUUGAAUUAUGCAAUUUUAAUUGUGCUAUACAUCUGUAUCUCAGUCAGCUCUGCAUCAGGAAUUCCACUAUGACGGGAAUUUUUCUGUGUUGAUAUAUUUUAUCACAACUACAUCAUAUCAUAUGAGACUAACAGAAUGUUACAUUGUCCGGUACAGUGGGCAGGGUAUCUCAAUCCGAGUGAGUGAAAGAGUUUGGCUAGCCAGCACAUGGCAAGCCUCGUUCUGACCAGCCAUACUCUUUACAGUCUUGAGAUGUUUGAUUUUCUCCAGAAUACCGAACAAACAUAACAAAUUGAAACCUUUUCAUCGCGCCACGAUACCAAGUCCCGUGCCACCGAAAAUGUAAAUUUGCGAUGUGGAUAAGCUACAUAAAAUGAUGACGUUACGCCAUUGUGAAUGGGUUAUAGCGCGUGCCAAUCGUCUUUCUCUAACCCGUGUGAGAUAAUCUGAUCCUAUUCGCAGCAGAAACGGGAUCGCCCUGUGAGAUAUGCGAAAAACAACCCACUCUGAUCUGAACUGACAACAAGAUAUACAUUGUUUCCGGAUCUUCUGACAGAUUGUUGACAUAUCCAGGAGACAAACUGUCCCGUUUUUUUGGCUAUUUUUGUUUUUUGUUUUUGUUUUAAUUCAUACCAAGUUGAUUAUAUUAAUGAGCUUAUCAGAACAGGUCACAUAGACCGUUCAAAUAUAUUCAGUUUCACCUAUAGAUAGUGUGUUAUUCUUAAAUAACAAAAUCCAAAAAAAUCUGAUAAACUGAUAAGGUCGAUCCAUAGUUCCUGUAGAACUUAAAAACAGGCGCUACGGACUCGUCGACAUCAGUUGCUUUCCUUGAUCUUCAAGUAUAACGUAACGUAAUGUAACUGACAGGGAGAUCUCACAACAACACAAUGGAGAGACGCAGGUUGAUUAAGACCAUGGUAAAGUGUUAUGGUCGACACAUCAUGAUAUCAUUUUUACUAUUUACUUUUGCUACAUGUAUAUAAAACUUUAUAAAGUCAGACGUGUUUGAUGCAUGUUGAUACGCCCUAGUUUUCUUUUUGAGAAUAUGACUCUAUUCGGAUUUCACAUAAAUUUGCACGGUGAGUGUUGUCGAUGAAGCAGAAGACACUUUACCCUUCUGCUAAUCUCGGUCUUAUUUAUUCGAUUUGAUAUCAUGUUUAACUUAUAUACUAUAUAUCUGAAAUAAUAAUAAAAAAAAUACUGAAACA